UAAAUAUUAAAUAAAUAAACAAAAUGUUAAGGAUAAUCAUUGCAUCAUUACUUGUAUCAUUAGUAAUUUCUAAUACUACUAAACCAACUAUUGGCAUUUUAACUAAUCCCUCAGAUUUAAAGGAUUAUGAUAAAUCACUCUAUUCUUAUUUCCCUUCUAGUUAUGUGAAAUGGAUUGAAUAAGCUGGAGCUAGAGUCAUACCUAUUCAUUGGGAUAGUUCUUAUGAUGAAUUAACUGUUAUACUUAAUUAAAUUAAUGGAGUCCUCUUUACUGGAGGAGAUGUUGAUUUAUAUUUAAAUAAUACUCAACCAGGAUUCACUUUUAAUAAAUUUACUGAUACAGCAUCAUUCAUAUUUUAAAAAGUUAUUCAAUUUAAUAAAGCUGGUUAAUUCUAUCCUUUAUUAGGUAUAUGUUAAGGCUUUUAAUUAAUUAAUUACAUUGCUUCAUCUUAUUAUGAAGUCUUAACUAGAAUGACUGAUGAUUUAGGACAAUAGAGAUUACUUGAAAUUGUUCCUGAUGAAGAAUCUUUUGUUUUGAAAUCCAUUGAUUCAAUCACAUUAGAUUAUCUUCAAAAUAUUGGUAUCUAUAAUUAUUAUAAUAGAUGGACCAUAUUAUUCUCAUAAUUGGGGAGUAGUAUAAUAAACAUAUGAAAAAGCAUAUUCUUUAGGGGCAUUCUUUAAAAUCACUGCUUUUAGUAGAGAUGGAAUAGAUUUAAAAUAUAUUGCUAUAUGUGAGGCUAGAGAUUUCCCUAUUUAUGGUUAUCAAUUCCAUCCAGAAAAACAUCAAUUUGAAUGGAAAACUAAAGCAACUCAUGAUGUCUAACAUAUUACCUAUUCUUAAUAAUUAGCCAUGGAUUUCAUUGCUAUGUCUAGAAAAAAUGAUCAUUCAAUCUCAGAUGAACAAUUAGCCUCACUUAUCAUCUAUAAUUUUAAAUAAAUCAAUCGAAUGGAAGUUAGUUCUACUAGUUUUUCUUAAGUAUAUUUAUUUGAUAGAAUUCGUAAUGAAACCAAAACUGAUCAAUAAAAAUUAGGCAUUAAUUAGAAUAUCAAAUUCUUUCAGAAACAUUAUUGA